UUUGUUCCCUUGGAGACGCCGUAGCGGGUGUGUGCGCGCAGCUUCCGCCCUCCACCGGAAGUGAGCGUAGAGAGUCUCCACUCAGAAACUAAACUAUCAAAACAAACUAACGGCAGCAGGUCACUAACGGCAUCCUGCUGCUUCUAACGGGUCUCCAUCAUCACCAUCAUCUUCAUCAGCAUGGACGGUGUACCGACGCCUCUGCGGUGCUUCAGUGAGCUCCAAUCCGGAGAAGUAUUCGUGGACGACGGAGUGGAAACGGUGACUUCAGGGGAGCAGAAAAAAGUGGAGCGCAGCAUUGAAGAAGUCAUCAGUGUUUACAAGCAAAUGCACAGCAUACCACAGCCAACGUUGUUGCGGGAGCAGCACUACCAAUAUCUCAGGAAGGGCUUACGGCACUUAUCAGAUGCUUAUGAGUGUCUGGAUGCUAGCAGACCGUGGCUUUGCUUCUGGAUUCUUCACAGUCUGGAGUUACUAGAGGAGCCCAUUCCUGCUGUUGUCGCCUCCGAUGUGUGUAAGUUCCUGUCUCGCUGUCAGAGCGCUACAGGCGGUUUCGCCGGAGGACCAGGACAACACGCCCACCUCGCACCGACCUACGCCGCCGUCAACGCCCUCUGCAUCAUCGGCACAGAGGAGGCCUAUAGAAUUAUAAACAGGGAGAAGCUGUUAGAUUUCCUAAUGUCAGUGAAGCAGCCAGAUGGCUCGUUCGUGAUGCACGUCGGAGGGGAGGUGGAUGUCAGGAGCGCAUAUUGUGCAGCUUCUGUAGCAUCGCUCACAAACAUCCUCAUACCGAAACUGUUUGAGGACACGACCAACUGGAUCCUCAGUUGUCAGAACUGGGAGGGCGGUCUGAGUGGCGUGCCGGGUUUGGAGGCCCACGGCGGAUACACGUUCUGUGGCACCGCCGCCAUGGUCAUCCUGGGCAAAGAGCACAUGCUGGAUCUCAAAGCACUGCUGCGGUGGGUGGUCAGCAGACAGAUGCGAUUCGAAGGAGGCUUCCAGGGCCGCUGCAAUAAGCUGGUGGACGGAUGCUACUCGUUCUGGCAGGCUGGACUCCUGCCUCUCCUCCACAGAGCCUUAUUCAAACAAGGAGAGUCGGAGCUGAGUCGGCAGCGGUGGAUGUUCGAGCAGCAGGCCUUGCAGGAGUACAUCCUCCUGUGCUGUCAGAACCCAACAGGGGGCCUUCUGGAUAAACCUGGCAAAUCCAGAGAUUUCUACCACACGUGUUACUGCCUGAGCGGCCUCUCUGUAGCUCAGCACUUUGGGAACAUGGACCUCCAUCAUGAGAUGAUCCUCGGCAGGGAGGAGAACAGACUGGCUCCGACUCAUCCGGUCUACAACAUUUGUCCAGAGAAGGUGGCUUCGGCCCUGGAGCACUUCCUCCGGCUGCCCGUCCCCAGUGACAACAGACAGCCGGGAGCCUCCGCUGACGACGGACUGUCGGACCCCGCCUCCGCCUCCGGAUCAGGCGACCAUCAGUCCUAGUUAGUCACCAGUGGAGACGUCACUCUGUGUGUGCACCAGCCAACCCUGGGGAACGGACUCAAACCAGCAAACUGGUCUGAUGUAGACGAGCCCCAAACAGCGGUCAGACGGACGGUCGACCGUCGGUAGAAACGAGUGCUGGAGUUUAGGAGGAGUUUACCUGAUUAAAGGUCAACAGUUGUGUGUGUGUGUGUCUGUGGGCAGCUUAGCAUUCAGCUGAAUUUUUUGCUUGCGAUGCCUAAUGUUUUCAUUCUCUGAAAUAAAAGUGAAACUUGGUGAGGUUUCAGUAUGACCUAAGUUAAUAAAACUUUAUAUAGCACUUUUCACGAUGGUGUGAUAAAAUGAUUUACAACUUCA